GAAAAGGAUGCAGCAGAUAAUGAUACACUGUUUCCUGAGCGUAAAAUCAAAGCUGGAGUGUCGACGGGGCUUUUUUGACCUUAUUGGCUGUGAUUUCCUGAUUGACGAUGAUUUUAAGGUGUGGCUUCUGGAAAUGAACUGUAAUCCUGCUCUGCAUACCAACUGUGAGGUACUGAAAGAAGUAAUCCCCGAUGUGGUCAACGAAACCCUUGACUUGGCUCUUGAGAUCUUCAAUAAAAGCUUCAGAGGCCAACGUAUUAUGCCCCUGAAUACACAGAGAAAGUUUGUGUUGUUAUAUAAUGGGGAAACCAAUGAACAGGCAAUAAAAUUUAACUGGCCAAGAAGCUCCAGUCCUGUUAAAGAAGAGAAGAAGACAGCGCCAGCUGACAACCAAAACAGACUUGUGAAAAAUGUGGAGAAGCCCCAAAGAUCUUUUAAACCUCUUGCAGACAAUGCAAACCGUAUUGUCAGUAGGUCAACUGUCAUACGAUCUCCUCAAAGAACAAGCUUGGCAAUGUCCCCCAUUAAUAUGAUGGGCUUUCAUGAUGGCUUGACACUCCACACAGUGAGACACAAAGCCAGGUAUAACAUAACAUCUAAGAGUCUGGGUGGG